AUGAAUUACAAGUAUAGUCCCUUGCCCGCCACCUCUAGCGGUACUUUCUCCAUCCGACUACUGCAUCUCAUGCCAGUGUGUGAUUCGCAGGACGACGAUUCCUUGAGCUGUCGCUUAGUGGAAACGGAGAUCACCGAUCAUAGUUCCAACGAAUCCAUGUGCAAUGAGACUGGACAGUCACAUGUAAAAUACCAGGCACUGUCAUAUACCUGGGGGUUGCCGGUAUUUUCACACUCGCUACAGAUACGAGACAGCAGUGACGAUAAUGAUACUCUCAUCUCGCCAAAACCUAAAGGGUCCUGCAGCAUUAUUCGCAUUACUGAGAACUUGUACGCCGCGUUGCGCAGCUUGAGGAAGCCGACCGAGACGGUUGUCUUGUGGGUAGAUGCUGUCUGCAUCGAUCAGCAAAAUAUAGUAGAACGCAAUAGCCAAGUUGCCAAUUUCCCAAAGACUUAUGCUGGAGCCACAAACGUCCUUGUUUGGCUAGGUCCUGACGACGUUUUGGACCAUGGAAGGCUAUGUCUGAAUUUCUUCACUGACCUUGCCGCCCUCAUCCUCGAGGACCCGAAAAGUGAAAGCGAGAAUGACCAGCGAUCUUGGAGGAAGAGGUUUCAAAUUAACCAGGCGGUAUCCGCUUUUCUCGGUGAUGAUGAAUUGCAGCCUCGCGCCAUUACCUCGUUACUUCAGAGAUCGUGGUUUAAGCGACGGUGGAUUAUUCAAGAAGUUGUGUUAGCAAAGGAAGUUUGGGUUCAUUACGGCACAACGAGUAUACACUGGAAUACCUUUGAACUGGCGUUUGUCGAACUAUUUGAGAACGACAAGGGUGGUUUCAGCGACGAACACCGCACGAUUCUACGGACAAUGUCGCGAAUUAGGAACGCAGAGGCGAUGCUGAAACGGCAAACGCCGCUUGACACCCUCGUGGAAUUUGACAGCUUCGAAUGUUCCAAUCCCAGGGAUCGAUUAUACGCCUUAUACGGCGUGAUGCAGCAUUGGUUUCCGAACUCCGCAGGUAUGCGGGUCCUUGUCGACAAUAUCGACUACGGGCUGCCCAUUCGCGACGUCUUUACUGACUUUGCUAUUCACAUGAUGAAGCUGGGAGAUGAUUUUCCCCUGGAUAGCAAUUACAACUCUGCCACUCACGUAUUACAACUUGCUGGAGCUAUGCGACCACUGCGACAAAGGGGGGUAACCGGCCAGGAUGUCCCGUCAUGGGUACCGGAUUGGACUGGAACAAUGCGCAACAGACCGCUCCGUCACUCGCGAGCAAACAGCGAUGCUUCUUUAGGAAUACCCAUACAGCGUUUUCAGAUAUUGACCCUUGAAGACAACAGUCAUGCUCUCGUAGCUGUUGGACUAGUACACGAUGUCAUCAGGGCUGUUAUCCCGCUCGACAUUCUACCACUCACGGGAGCUGUUCACAAGGCCAAACAUGCGCUGAACAACUUCCUCUGUUCAGUUGCAACAAGUUUCGACGAACUAAGCUUCUUUCCUCCCAGCUGCGCGGACAUCUAUGGUCCCACCGGCCAGCACAUCAUCAGCACCAUCGCUGUGACUUUGGUGGCUAAUUGGGAGCAUACUCCUGCCAACUCUUACUUUGCUCAAGACGCUCGUUUUCCGGCCCAAUUCUUGGAGCAACUGCGCUCUUCGAAGCAUCAUCUCCCCGAAAUUUUGCACAAGUGGCCCGCAUAUGUUGAACUCAUUAGUAUUACCAUGCGGGGACGUAGCUUGAUGCUCACCGAAUCCGGAUACGUUGGCAUCUGUGAUACAAAUGCUAGGGAAGGCGAUCUGGUGUGUGUUCUGAGCGAUACACGCAUUCCUUUUAUUCUCCGGCAAAAGCAUCUUACUUUACCGUUAAUACCAAAGAGUAGUUCGUCUUUGGUCAAUGGAGACAUACUCAGAGGCGAUGCUUUUGAGCUAUUGGGAGACGCAUAUAUCCAUGCGCUAAUGAAUGGAGAAGCGGCGGAACGACUAGGAAAGAACUCGCUUCGGAGGCUCUGUAUACUAUGA